AUGGGCAAGAAGCUUCGAUGGUUGCUUGUGGUUGGCGGCCUCUGGAGAUGUGGCCCUCACGAGCUCUAUGGCAAGGACGUUGGGCUUCCUACAUUUGUUCAUGCAGGUUGGGGAGGUGAUGAUACAUGUAACUCCUCUGCAGUUGCUUUUAGUUAUGGUCAGCUUGCUGGUGCGAACCUUUUGGGCGCUUUUGCUGGCGAGCCUUUUAGAGACGCCAAUGCCGUCUUGGACAUUUUUGCAGGUGUGACCUGUUUGGGCCGUUUCGGCCUAAUGCACGUUGAUGGUGGAUUUGUGGCGAGUGCUGAUGCUGAGUCGCUGCCGGCUUUAUCGCUUCGAUGGGACAGAUUCUGGCGGUGCCGAGUUGGAGAGGCCAGUAAUCCUGGCCCUGCCGGCAGGGCAGCGAAGUUGCGGAAGCAACUGGGCAUCCCGAAACCCGUUUCUAGGAAAGACAUUCAGAAGGUGUGUCGGGAUGUGCUUCGAGGUCUAUUGCAGGAAUUGGGUGGCCAAUGGCAGCCCUCUCCGAUGGUUUCUGCUGACCGCGCGUGGCACAAUUGGUGCGAGCGCGACCAGUGGGAUGGCUACUACGAACAUGGUCCCGAGUGGAGCGACCCUCAGGCGGCUGGGCAGAGACGGCGAUGGGCCGAUCUUCUGGAUGAUGAGGUUAAGGCAUGGUCUGCGAAUUCGCCGAUUGGUUUUGCCACGUCUGCCUCCACCUUUGCCAAGGAGCUCGACGAAUCUAGUAGUGUGGCCUGGGUGGUCACUGCCAGCUCGGUUGAGGAGGCAGAGGAGAUCUUCGAUAUCUUUACUGCAGAUCAAGAUGAUGAACACACUGUGGACAUGUCCCUUUUGUUUCCAGUGUCGGGGGACUCCACUACUUUACCAGAAUGGGCGGAAGGUGCGCAGCUCGUGACUGUUCCGGGGCGUUCAGCAGGCAAGCUAUGCACUAAGAAGCAUUGGCUGGUAGUGGGUGGGACCGCGCCACCGACCCUCAAUACGCGGUCCACUGAGGCCUUCGUCGUUAAGAGACCCCCACUGUCAGUGUCAGCUUUGCGUGCAUUCACCACGGUUGUUCGGGUCACUUUCGACAGGGCAUUUGGCGAAGAUGCAUGGCCUGAGGUGUUGGGCCGGAGCCGUGGGAAUUUCAUUCGGCUUCGUACGCGAGAGGCGGCCGUCACCAUGUGGAAGGCCUCGGGGCAACUCAGCAAUGGCACCAGGUGGUUUGUCGAUUUACUCGGGGAUGCCAGAGAUGACCCCUCCGUUGCUGAUGUAGGAGUGGCCUGGAUGCCUUGGAGUCCUGAGGAAUCCUACGCGAGUUAUGCCAGCCGUGUUGCAGGCCAGGCUAAGCUCGGUGUCGUCCUAGGUAGGGGUUUGGGAUUGCGCUUGAAGCGGUCUGAUCCUGCCUUUGUGAGACAACCCUCCCUCUGGAGGCUUCGAGCUGUUCCGCGUAAUCUUCUGUUACAGGAUGUUACGGAGUUGAUUUCUGCCAUGGGAUUCGAGGAUGCUGUUGUGUGCACUCGACAUCACAACCGAAAGCAUUAUGACUGGUGCUUCAAAGCGACGAGGCAGGAUCAGUUGCAGGUUGUCACCCAGACUGUGCAGUGGAACCCUGAGUGUUGUGACCUUUCGGAAGUCACUGCCAUCAAAGAGCAGGCAAGGCGGGGUACGCGCUCAAGGCCCACCGAGCGCCUUGCUGAGCCGCGAACAAUUUCCUUUAAUGUUCAUCUGCUGCUCGGCGGCGUGUUACUCUUGAUGAUUUUCCUGCCAAGGUUAGUCGUGCUGUGCCCGGUGAGGCCCUGGACCCUCAGGAGCGCACUGGACCAGGCCUCAAACGCCCCGCUGAUCAUGAUGCUGCUGCUGUUGACGGCGAAGGCGGACAGGACGCGGUGUGGCGCCUCAAUGCAUGAGAAUGAUGCGGGUGGUAAUUGCUUCUACUUGGCUUUGGCUGUCUUGGACACAGGCAACAAACCGAGGCAUCACAGACAGAUCAGACGAUGGAUCCACCAGCUCUUACUGCAUCAUGCUCAAGCUGUCACCUGGGAGGAUUUCCUUGCCGAGCAAUCCCAGAACUGUUCCUGGGGCGGUGCGUUGGAGUUCCACAUUUUCUGUAAGGGUCUCGACAUGCGAGGUUGGCUCAUUGACGAUGGUGGUACCGUGUAUUCCUUCUUUCCUGAGGGUUGCAAGGGCUUUCUUGUUUUGCACUUUGAUCGCGAGCGGCAACAUUUCAGGGCCUUCACUGAGGUUGUGGAGCAGCAUGUGCAAGCCCGUCACAAGGCCACUGGUGCUUUGACUUACGGUCCUUCGAUGCUGCUUCGCGGUGGUGCGGGGACCUUGCUCCCUACGCUCUCGGAUUGUGCUGAUGACGACUCGGUGUCGCUUGACACCGCCCCUAACGCUGGCUGCUCAACGGCCGGUCCCGAGCAGCUGACUGACUGCAGUCCUUCAGCCCAGCACGUGGCACCUUCAGUCCCACCCGGUGAGACCUGA